AUGUCUGAACAGGAUACUCAACUUCCCGCUCUCUCUCGCGCUGGGCACGUCUCCCAUUGUUCCCGUUUUAUAAAUGGUCUUCCUGGGACCAGGACUGAUCUUGACCCAUCACGAUUGGCCAUUGCCUUCUACUGUAUCGGUUCCCUUGACUUGCUUGGUGAACUAGACGGGCGUAUAACCCAAGCCGAACGCGAAUCGUGGAGAGAAUGGGUCUGGGAGCAACAAGCAGGGGGAAAACAUGGGACUGGCUUCAGACCAAGUCCUUUCAUGGUUGCGCAGGGCGGUCCUUUGGCACCACCAACGACCAACUAUGCACAUUGCGAUACACCCCACAUCAUCAUGACGUACACCGCACUACUUACCCUUGCCAUUCUUCGCGAUGACUUUUCCAAAUUGGACCGAUCAGGGCUGCUUAAAUUCCUCCGGUCCUGUCAAAGGGAGGACGGAAGUUUCUCCACUACACCUGGAAGCGGCGAAUCGGACCUUCGCACUCUGUACUGUGCUUUUGCUAUUAGCAGCAUGCUUAAUGACUGGAGCGGCAUCGAUGUUGCUCGAGCUACAUCAUUUAUUGCCUUGUGCAGGACAUAUGAAGGGGGAUACGGGCAGUCGCCAUUUUGCGAAGCGCAAGGAGGAACGACGUACAUUGCCAUAGCGUCGCUUGGGCUGAUGCCCUCGACAUUUUCCCAACGCCUGACAACAUCUGAGCGACAGAAGACUAUACAAUGGUUGUUGAGCAACCAACAUGAAUCUGGAGGAUUUUGUGGGCGGACCAACAAGGAUGCAGACGCUUGCUACUGCUUCUGGUGCGGCGCUGCUUUGAAGAUUCUCGGCGCGGGUAACUUCGUCGACGCCCGCGCUCUCGCAGGCUUCAUCGCGCGAUGCCAGUUUAAAUUCGGCGGCAUCGCGAAAGCCCCAGGUGAAACACCUGAUCCCUACCACACUUACCUCUCAUUGGCGGCAUUGUCCAUGUACCCGCCCAAAACAUUCGAUGGGGACGCCCGUCCGGAGACCUGGACGUUUGACCCCUUGGAUCCUUUGCUAAACGCGAGGAUGGGGACUGCCCUAUGGGCCCGGAAAUAUAUUCCGGCGGUCUGA